AUGACGAUCCGAAUCCUCGUCAACGCUGCGCUGCUGGCCAUCCCCAUCGCCGUGACGCUGGGCAUCUUGUUUGGCCUGCAAUCGCACCGAGAUGCCACGGGCCAGCCGCCGUUGUUUGCGCCGCAGCCGCCGCCAAUUCCCACUCCUGCGCCGCCGAAACCUCCAAAGAAUGGCGUCACCAAGACGAGGUAUUGCCAGAAGUCGUUUGGAAUCACACCAGAUACCACUGGGCAGAAGUAUAUAUUAAAUCCCAACCAGUGGAACUGGAACGUCGGCGAUCCGGGACGCUUGUGUAUGAAUGUCACCACGAAUAACAACGGCACAUACCCCACAAGCACUACGGCACCCGAGUUCAUGAUUUCAUGGCAGUAUCCCGUUGGCCCAGAAGACGACCCUGUGCAUGCUUUCCCCAACAUCCAGGUUGAUACCGACGUACUCCCCGCCACCGUUGAUAGCAUCUCCAAAGUCGAUAUCGAUAUCGAAUGGUCCUAUGGCGUCGGCAAUGAGACCACAACGGCCUCUUCCCUUGCUGAUCUGACCGCCGACAGUCUCAACACCAAUGUUGCUAUCGAUAUGUUUAUUGAUAGCGAUAAGACGUCUGCUCAGAACCCUGCCAAGGCCAAGUUCGAACUCAUGGUGUGGUUUGCAGCUUUUGGUGCUUCUACUCAGCCCAUCGGUUUUGGCCAAGGUCCUAUAUCCACCCAGAAACUUGGUAGCGACACAUUCAAUCUUUAUUCUGGCAUCAACACAGCGACGAAGCAAAACGUCAUGACCUGGUACACCGACACACCCAUAGAAAAGUUCAACGGAGACAUCUCUCCACUCAUUAACAGUGUGUUCAAGCUCACCGCUACUACCGACCUUCCCAAGUCCAGCGACUACUUAGGAUACCUAGCUCUGGGCUCUGAGGCCUUUUCCGUGGACAAGACCGUCACGCUUUACGUACCCCAACUCUCGAUAGAUAUAGAAACAUCCUCCACAUAAGGGAGCACCUAAUAAUAUGGCGACUUGAUUUUUUUUUCUAUUUUAAUCUCAAAUUUCGUCUAAAUCAACCGUGCCGUCCGACAAUUGCCCUUUUUGUCUCGUCCAAAACCUCCGAUUCGCCCUGGCGCUGGUGGAAGAUUUAACCGUCGACGUCAACGAUAUCCGGCUGAAAUGACGCUGCCACGCCCCUCCCUGGCUGCAACCUCUGUCUCGGCAAGGUGGCGAUGGACAAAAAUUCUCCUAAAUGACGAGCAUCGGGCCCUAGACGAAAUACAACAUUAAUUAAUCGAUCGAGCACGGCAUGGCAUGGCAUCCACUCCGAUCAGAUCAGAUCUUUUUCUUCCGCAUGUACUCGUACAUAAUGGACUUUUUGUCGUGGGUUUCAGGGUCUUUUGAGAACUAGGGUGGUUAUGUUUUCAUAGUUGCAUGGCGUUUUUCUGCCAAUUGCGUCUCGGGUAUGGAGUUUGGGCGGGUUUUGCUAUUUUGAGCCAUUACGUGUACAUACAACCUUUGCUGCGAACCAUGUUUAUUCAGUGACAUCUUUUUCUUCAAAUUUUUCUUUUACUCGUGGAUUCAAUGCCUAGUGUUUUUCUCUGAGUCUCUGUCGUUCCGACCACUUGGUAAAUAGGAGUGGGGAGUUCCUGAGCCGCCAAGGAGACAGGGCCUCUCAUGGCAAAACUCUUCGGGUAAAAAGCCGUUCUAAUUAUCCUGUCGCCGCGCAAUUGGCCAAUCA